AUGAAGGGCUCAAGACAACAGGUCCGCGAACACAUCAUGGCUCAAACACCACGCGUUAUAUUUGAAUCCCUUCAUGACCUUCCUUCAGAUGGUGCAGCCCGCAUACUCGUGGAUACCCCUAAUAGCGUUCUCAAUCCGCAAGACUACUUGGAAUCCAUACAUCCAUUUGCUUUGACAGUCCAGCAUUCGCUACAUGGGUAUCGCUCACAUCACGAGACUCGCUUUGUCGCUGUCAAUAUAUACCCCGGCAAACACUCCUAUUUCGUGGUGGAUCUCAAUAAUGUCAACUAUAACUACGAUACCGCCCAUGAGUGCAAGACUCCAAUCCCAGUAUACGUCCUUCGUCUGUCGAAGGCACCAAGAAUUCGCAGAGCUGCAGCCCUGGAUAUCCAGCUUGCUGAAAUGCUUGCUAAGAUGCACAAUGGGCAUGGACAGGACCCUCUUCCUUUGUUUGAAGAUCAUAAUGAUCCGAAUCUCCAAUACCGCAAACCUCGCAGCCUGCGAAGUUGACAUGUUUUGCUCUAGAGAGGGUUAGCAGGGCAGGGUGGUGGGUAUACGUUAUAUAGGUG